AUGUACUCCUCGUCGAAUUCCUUCGUCGGCGGUGGUGCUGGUGGCCGACCCGGCCAGGCACCAUUCAUGCAACAGCAACAGCAGCAACCCCAAUACUCGCAAUUCCCUCAGGGACAACAGCAGCAACCAAUGCAGCCUCAAGCAACGGGAUUCGUGCCCCAGCCGACCGGUUUCGCCGGCCAGCCUUCACCGUUUGGCAAUGCGCAGCUCCAACCUCAGGCCACUGCUCCAGCCACAGUUCACUGGGUACCCCGGACAGCCCCAACAGCCCCAGCCGACCGGCUUCCAGCCUCAAUAUACCGGAUUCCAAAACCAGAACCAGACUCAGUCACAGCCACCCGUGCCGCCCUGCCCCCAAAGAAUGGCGCUCGCAUCCCAAGUAUCCGAUUGUCGUUCAUUACCGCUCAGGACCAAGCCAAGUUCGAGCAGCUGUUCAAGUCUGCAGUCACCGAUAGCAAAACAAUGGAUGGCGACAAAGCGAGGGAUCUCCUGAUGCGCUCGAAGCUUACGGGCACUGAUCUUUCUAAAAUUUGGGUUCUGUCUGACUCUACCAAGUCCGGCCAGCUCUUCUUCCCGGAAUUCGCAUUGGCAAUGUAUCUAUGUAAUCUGCGCCUGACUGGCCGUGAGCUCCCCUCCGCAUUGCCCGAUACCAUCAAGAAUGAGGUCUCGAGCAUGGUUGACAUCAUCUCGUUCGAUGUCCCCGACACGCAGCCCGAGCCGGCCCAGCGUACUAAUGUUCCUAAUUUCGAUGGCUCUGUGCUCCAGAACAACUCCACACCCCCAAUAGUCCAGCAGCCUCAGCCUCAACAACCAAGCAACACACAGCUCUUGAACCAACUUACUGCGCAACCCACUGGAUUCUUCAACCAGCAGACCGGCAUGCAGCCUCAGCAAACCGGUUUCCCAGGCCAAAAUCAGUCGCAAUUCCUUCAGGCUCAGCAGACUGGAUUCAUGGCCAACCCGCAAGCCACAGGAUACAGUGGUCCCCGACCUCCAAUGCCGCCUAUGCCUACUGGUUUCGCCUCCAACCUGAGCCCUGCCCAGACUGGCGGUCUACAGGCACAGCCUACGGGUAUUCCUGGACAGUGGGGCUUCAUUAACACGCCCUCGCAGGGUCUCCCUAAUAUCGAGGCCAUGAAGCAGCAACUCAUGCCGCAACCUGGCCGCGAAGGAGGGUUUACUACCGCCAAUCUUUCCGGAAACGCUAAAGUUGCCUGGGCUAUUACCAAGGAAGAAAAGAAGAUCUACGACGAUCUAUUCCGUGCCUGGGAUGGUUUCCGAAAGGGUUUUAUCAGUGGCGAGACUGCUAUUGAGAUCAUGGGUCAGAGUGGUUUGAACCGAAACGACCUCGAGCGGAUUUGGACUUUGGCCGAUCCUAAUAACCGUGGCCGUCUCAAUAUGGACGAGUUCGCCGUGGGAAUGCAUUUGAUCUACAGAGCUCUCAACGGAUAUCCCGUUCCUGCUCCUCAUUCCCCCUCUACUAGACAUCUGAAUGAUUCCAUCGGCACGGUCAAGUCGCUUCUGUCGCAGGAUGCUGAGACCCGGAAGACCACCGGGGCAUUCUUGCAGCCUCAGAAGACUGGAGUCAGCUACUUGAAGGACCACUCCUUCCGCGGUGGUGCUAAUAACCAGCCUGGGGCUACUCGCAAGGAUGCGACGAUGUUCAAGAACAAUGAUUCUGCAGGCGGCUACCGUUCAAGCGCCCGUCGCCGUGUUGGUAACGAUACUCGCACACCAUCCCCAGCUCCUUCUUCUCAAAAUUCCGAGGGCGAUGACCUCACUCCCGACCAGCUGCGAAAGAAGAUUCGCGAAGCCAAGGUUAUGCUUGAUGCCGUUGACUUCCAAGAUGAAAACCGUGCUGAGGAUGAUGACGUCCAUGAUCGUCGGGACCGCCGUGAAGCAGAGAGCCUCAUGGAACGUAUCCGACGCGUCCAGGACGAUAUCGAUACUCAUCCCAAUGCUAGCUUCCGUCAGCUUGAUAGUGGGGCCGAGCGCAGAUCUCUCCGUCGCCAGCUUCAAGGCUAUGAAGACCAGGUUCCGCAGGCUGCCUCGGAUGUUCGACGCAUUGAGCGUGAGAUCGCCGAGGCCAAGCUUGAACUUUUCCGCUUGAAGGAUGCUAAGGCGCACCCCACCAGCGCGGGUAACAUCGUUGGUACUGGACCCGGUGGUGCGAUUACCGAGGCAGAUCGGAUCAAGGCGCGCGCGCGCGCGCGUAUGCAGGCUCGUGCUGCUGAGCUGGCAGGACGUCCUGCUCCCGCUGCGGAGGGUGACGAUGGCGAGGCCGCUCGCCGCUUGGAGAGCGAGAGCGCAGACGUGAAGGCGGAGCGAGAGCGUAACGACGUUAUGACCCGUGACGUUGAAGAAAGCGUUCGAGAGUUUACCCGCAGUCUUGAGGACAGUCUCCGCGACGAAGGCGAGAAUUCCACUCGCGAACACGAGAAGCGCCGUUGGGAGGAUGCUCUUGGCGUUGAGGAUAUCACUCGUGAUUUCAUCUAUGAUUUGAGCCGCAACAGCAAGACUGCGCAUGUGCGCAAGGACGAUCGUGAGCGCUCAACCCAGGAGCAGCGCCGCACCCCUGCUGCCGAGGAGGCACCAGUCCGUCCUUACAUGCCGCCAUCUACUGGCUCCUCGGGAUCUACCCCCGGGAAUACACACGAGGACCGCGUUGCCGCUGCUAGGGAGCGUGCGCAGAAGCGGAUUGCCGAGCGUAUGGCUGCUGCUGGUCUGAAGCCUGCCAGCUCUGAAGAGACCCUCGUGCAACGCCAGGAGCGGGAAAGGAAAGAGCGUGAAGAGCGCGUGCGACGUGCCGAGGAGGAAGAUGCUAAGCGCGAGCAAGAGAGAUCUCGCCGUUUGGCCGAGGAGAAGGGUGAUUCUGCACCCGCAGCAGCUGCUCCCAAGGCGGCCGGCAAGAAGCCUCCACCUGCUCCUCCCACUCGCAGAGCCCGGACCGAUAGUGCCGGUCAAGCUGACUCGAAGAAGGCGGAUGAGGCUGCCAAGGAACAUGCUGUCCGUGAACAGGCCAUUAAGGAAGAACAGGAGGCCCAGGAGGCAGAGACAAAGCGUCUCGAGGUCGAGGCCCAGUCGCACGAGGAUGAGUUCGAGAAAGAGAAGCAGGCCCAAGCUGCCCGGCUCCGUGCUCUUGAGGAGCAAGUCCGACAAGGCAAGGUGAAGAAGCAGGAGGAGAAGCGCCGUAAGGCUGAAGCCGCGCGCGAAGCCAAGGACAACGAAGCUCGUCUCGCAGCCCAACGUGCCGAACUCGAAGCUGCAAAGGAACGUGAGCGCCAAUUGCAGCUUGAACUUGAAGGCAUCGAUGAUGAGAGCUCUUCAGAUGACGAGGGCCCCGACGAUAUCACUCCUCAACAUAGCACUCCUACCCAGAGCCAAGUUCUGAGUGCGCCGCCACCCGUUCCCACAAUCUCCAUCCCCGAGCCUCCCGCGCAAGAAAUCGAGACGGCCUUCAGCCCCGAGCAGCAGCCUACCUCUCCUGAGAGCUCUCGCUCCCAGCCUGCAGCUACCCCGGAUGCUGAGUCCAAGAACCCCUACUACAAGUCCUUGGGCCAGGGCCAGCAACCCGCAGACUCGACCCCAGCGACCUCCCCUCCUGCCGCGCAGUCUACGAACCCCUUCCACCGCCUCCAGCAACAAGAAGCCAUCAAGCCCGCAUUUACCGGCGCCGGUCCCCUGGAGCGCAAGAGCCGUGCUCGCCCCGAAGAAGACGAUGACUGGUCCGCCGCCGGCUCCGACGCCGACUCGUCCGAUGACGAGGACGAGCGCGCAGGAGGCGGUAGCGCCAAACAACUUGCCAGCAUCCUGUUCGGCACUAUGGCUCCUCCCCGUCCCCUAAGUGCCAUGGACGAAGACAAGGCCUCUUCCGAAUACACCACCCCGGUCCAAGAGAGCCCUAUUGCGCCCCCUCCCCCUCCCCCUGCACCCGCAGCUAUCCCCGGGCCCGCCAGUGAUGAUGUAUCAUCUCCUGCCGCACCAGCUGGUAUGGGCUCUGCACCCGCAGCACCGCCCCCACCACCACCCGUCUCUGGGGCUCCCGGUGCUCCACCACCACCUCCACCUGCCGCAGCUGGAGCUGGAGGUGACAACCGCUCAGCUCUGCUAGCCUCUAUCCAGGCCGGGACGGGGUUGAGGAAGACGAAGACGAAUGACCGCAGCACCAGCAAUUCUGCUGGCCGCGUGUUGUAA